AUUACGUUCGUUAAUCACGAUAACUUAAAUUUAACGAAAUCAUAUUUUAUCUAAAUUAUGGGUCCAUUAUAGGCUUAUAAAAUAAUGUUUUAAUUCAAGCUUACGAUAAGAUUCAAAAGAAAGAAAAAAAAACAGAGUUGAAAUGAAUAAUUUAAAAUCAUAAAUUUGUGGGUCACAGUCAUGAUUCGUUAUAAGUUUUCUAACGGUUGUCAUGGUGUACAACUGACUCAUGUGGUAAUAUUUUGUUUUUUUGAACAAAAACAAUAAAACAAAAUACAAAAGAUAGAAGAUUAAGAAUAUUUGACUGCACUGUGUCCCAAAUUUAAGUUGCAUUUAUUAUACUGUAAUAUCACUAUGCUUGUGUCUUAUGAAUUACUUACAGAAUAUUCAUCAUUAAAUCCCAUUUUUUGAAUUCUAUUUAACCUAUUCUGAUAAGUAAAUUAAUGAAUGAUAAGAUUUUUGGCUUUAGUACCUUUAGUAACAAAUAGAAGCUCAUAUACAAAAGUAAUUUCUUUCAUUCUUUGACAAGCUAUAUUCCUAAUUAAUAAGCCCUCUAAAAACGUUAUGAAGAUUUAUAGAAGUUUAUAAGCCUACUUAUAAAUCGAACAGUAAAACAAAAAAAAAAGAACAAAGAAGCAAAUGUUCAUCGGGCUGAACAAGAACUUAUCGAGUGUUUUAUACGCUUAGGUAAAAGUCGGCGUUUUGAAAAGGAAAUAAUAGAAAAAGAAACGUCAGUCGCUUAAGCGACGCUGAACGUUUCGUGUCGUUGAUGAUUUCAAUAAUUGGUGUCUAUUAUUCAACAAUUUUAUGUGAUUUAUUCAAAGAGCUUUCACCAAUUAUUUCUCAUUGAGUUUUUAUUCAGACAACAUUAUCUUAGAAGGAGGUGUUUGGACUUUUAAAGAACUUCUUUGCGACGUCGCCGUCGACUAUGUUUCAGAAUUUUCUCUUUAUCUUACUUGUAAAAGUCAUCCUCCUUCCAACGAUAAAAUGCGCGUGUCAAGCUGAUGAAUUCGAGUGCGAAACAAAUGUUUGUAUUGCUUCUUCUAAGAGAAAUGAUGGAGUAAGAGAUUGUAUUAAUAACAACGAUGAAGUUUCAAGUCCCUGUACAGCUCCAGGUAGAUUUUCCUGUUCAAGUGGAGGAUGUACAACUCUAUCAUAUGUACUCGAUGGCUUUUCGGAUUGUGGUGGCUCAAAAGACGACGAAAAAAAGUGGAUAGGUACAGAGUGUAGAUCAAGUUGGUGUUGUGAUUGUCCUGAAUUUGUAUCAAACUCUGUUUGUAAGAAUAAUAAAUGCGAAUGCUUAUCUGGCUAUAUGGUGAAUGAUAAGAAUACUGUUUGUACUCUAAGACGUCUGGGAGAUCCCUGCUCCAUCAAUUCUGACUGUGGAGACGCUGUCGAUAAUUCUUUCUGCAAAACGUCAACUUGUCAAUGUAAGGCUGGUUUUUAUGUUGGCUCAGACGGAAACAGUUGUAUUAAAAGAAAGUAUGGCGACGCUUGUGUUGAAAACAUCGAUUGCAGUGCUGCGUUCAACAACAGCAAUUGUACAAGCUCAAAAUGUACUUGUAACCCCGGAUUCUACGUUAAUGCUGCCUUGGACACUUGCAUAAAACGAAAAGUAAGGGAUUCCUGUACUUUGAAUACGGACUGCAGUUUCGCUGUUUCACAUAGCUUCUGCAAUACAUCAAAAUGUGAUUGUUUAAUCGGAUUUUAUUCAUCUCUGGAUCAUACGGAAUGCGUUCCUUACAGGAUAAAAGAUUCUUGUGAUCAAAGUAUAGAUUGCUCCACAUCUGUACAAUUUUCCAGUUGCGAAUCGAACAAAUGUAAAUGUAAUAUAGGUCAUUACGAAAAUACCCUCCUAACUAUCUGUCAUAGAAGGCAAUUGAAUGACAAUUGUUCUUCGAAUAUUGAUUGCGAUUCAGUUAUGAAUGAUACUGUCUGUCAAUUUGGUAAAUGCCAAUGCAAUAUCAGCUAUAAAAACGUUACGGCGUCUAAUUGCGUUUUGCGCAAGCUAGGUGAUUUUUGUACAGUUGACGAAAAUUGUCCAAAGUCUUUACUCAAUACCUCAUGCUUAAAUGGAAGUUGUUCUUGCGAUAAAGGUUUUAAACCAUUUCAAAAUCAAAGCUGCUCUGAAAAAACUAUUGGCGAUGGCUGUGCAUCAGACGCUGAAUGUCUGCUAGUAAUAUCUAAUAGUAAAUGCUCAAUAAAUCGAAUCUGUACCUGUCAAACAGGUUUCUAUUCAAAUACAAACGGAAGUCAAUGCUUCAAGAGAAAAGUGGGCGAUAGUUGCUCCAAUUCUGAUGAUUGCAGCGCAGUUAUAAUUAAUAGUACAUGUUCAAAUUCAACUUGUAAUUGUAAUACUGCAUUUAUUUCAAACAUUGACAAAACCCAAUGCAAUCUGAGGAAAAUUAACGAUAAUUGUUCGGAAGAUAAACACUGUAGCCUUGCAGUUCAAAACAGUACAUGCGUAAAUACUACAUGUAAUUGCGUUACUGGAUAUCGGGCAGAUAAUGAAAAUUCCAGCUGCGUUAAAAGAACUAUAAGUGACAAAUGUACAAAAAAUGAAGACUGCAAUAGCGUAAUUGAAAAUAGUCAUUGUUCAGAUAACGGAACUUGUGAAUGUCUUCUAGGAUUCCAUUCAAUUAACGCCAAUACAACGUGCAUUUUAAGAAAAUUGGGAAAUAAGUGUACCAAAUUACAAGAUUGUAGUCUUGCGAUUAACAAUAGCUUGUGCUUGAAUAAUACUUGUAACUGUAAAACGGAAUUCAUAGAGAAAAACGACUCUAUAUGCUCAUUGAGAAAAAUUGGAGAUCAAUGCCAAGUUAAAGAAAAUUGUAACCUUGCUAUUAAUAAUAGUAUUUGUUUGGGAAAUAUUUGCUCUUGUAACAAAGGUUACAGGAAUGAAGAAAAUACCAAGUGUAUUCUGAGGAAAAUUAGCGAUACUUGCCAGAAUAUUGAAGAUUGCAGUUUUGCUGUAAACAACAGUAUUUGCGUUAAUACUACCUGUCAUUGUGCUGAAGGAUUUUAUCAAAGUGGUCUUAACGAUUCCUGUAUUCUAAGGAAAAUUUCAGACUAUUGUCUUUGGAAAUCGGAUUGUCAAAAGGCUAUAAAUAACAGUAUUUGUACGAAUAGCUCUUGUUCAUGCGAAAUCGGUUAUAUUGCCAAUUCUCAACUAUCGAACUGUGCUUUAAGAAAGAUAGGAGAUUCUUGCAAGUGGAAGAAUGACUGUAAUUUUGCAGUGGAUAAUUCUACUUGUCUAAAUAAUGUGUGCAAAUGUGCAACUGGAUUUUAUUCAAUAUCAAGCGGAACGUUUUGUAAACUUAGAAAGAUUGGUGAUUCCUGUGCUAUAUCAGAAGACUGCAGUUUUGCCGUUCAAAAUAGUAUAUGCUCUUCAAAUAAAACUUGCGAAUGCAAAAUUGGAUAUUUAUCGAUUAAACAAAAUACGGAAUGUUCAUUAAGAAAACUUGAGAGUGAAUGUAAAACUUUAAAUGAUUGCAACUUUGCAGUUAAUAACAGCUUAUGUAAUAAUGGAUCUUGCCAAUGCGACACUGCAUUCAGUCAAAGGAAUGAAUCAUUUUGCAGUAUGAGAAGAAUAGGCGAUAAAUGUAAGAAUCACGAAAACUGUAACAAAGCAGUUAAUAACAGCCUAUGUAUUAGCUUUACAUGCGAAUGCUCUAAAGGAUAUAGGAAUGAAAAGAAUUCUAGUUGUAUCCUAAGGAAAAUUGGUGAUAGUUGCGCAACAUUUGACGAUUGCAGUUUAGCAGUUAAUAAUAGUAUAUGUUCAAAUUCAUCUUGUCAAUGUACGAGUGGUUUUUAUUCUAAUUCAAUUAACGAGACAUGCGUUCUUCGAAAAAUUGGUGAUUCUUGUAAAUUGAACACCGAUUGCAACAAUGCGGUUAACUAUACCGAAUGCGCUAAUUCAACAUGUUCCUGUAAAACUGGAUAUUAUACAAGCCUUAAUUUAACUAAUUGUACAUUAAGAAAAGUUAACGAUUCUUGCAAAUCAAAUCCAGAUUGUAGCUUUGCAGUUGGAAAUAGUACAUGUCUAAACAACGUUUGCAGUUGUAAACUCGGAUUUAAAAGUCUCAAUAGCGGAAAGGAAUGCGUAAUAAGGCAAUUAAAUGAUUCCUGCUCCUUGAAUACCGACUGUAAUGCUGUUAUAACUAAUAGCACUUGUGACGGAGGCUUUUGUCAUUGUCAAUUCGGUUAUAAAGUUCUGAGUAAGGAGUGCAAAGAAUUAAAAACUGGUGACCAGUGCACAACAGAUACAGAAUGUCAGGUCCACAUUGCUAACAGCGAGUGCGCUGGUGGUCAAUGUCAAUGUAAAAUUGGACAUUUCCCGAUCGCUUCGAAUUCAUCGUGUCAGAUAAGAACUCUAAAUGACUCCUGUACAAAGAAUAAUGACUGUAAUUCUGUUUUGAAUUUCACUAAAUGUUCCUCCACUAAAAAGGAAUGCGAAUGUCUAGACGGUUAUAAAACUAUAAAUGGAAAAAUCUGCGAAGAAAGGAAAUUGAACGAUCAAUGUUCGACCGACAUUGAUUGUAAACUCAUUUCAAAUUCUUAUUGUUUUCAAGGGAAGUGCGUCUGCAAAAUUGGAUAUAAAAUUGAAUUGAAUGGUUGUAUAAUCAAAAACCUUGGUGAUUCUUGUACAUCUUCCUCCGAAUGUGAGGUGGCCACAGGCGGGAAUUCUGAGUGUUCGUCGGGAAGUUGUGCUUGUAAAGUAGGCUAUAAAAGUGUGGGAAAUUCUUGUGAAAAAUUGAAAAUUGGUGAUAGUGGAUGCCGAAAUGAUGCUGAUUGUUCAACAUCAAUUACUAAUAGCCAUUGCUUCAAUAAUAGUUGCAUUUGUAACGACGGUUACAAGAGCCUCAGCUCUGGUACAGUAUGUUCAAAGAGGAGCCUAUCGGAUCAUUGUCUAGUUGAUAAGGAUUGUUCAGCCGUAAUAACAAAUUCAAUUUGUUCGAACAAUAAAUGUAUAUGCGCAACAAGCUAUUACGCGGAAGGUGGAGAAUGCAAACUGGGCGGACUUUUAUUUAGACAUUGUUUAAGUACAUUCGAUUGUCUUGGCUUAACAAAUGCUAUUUGUUCUGCCGGCAUAUGCAGGUGCCUACCUGAUUUUAGAAUGGAUAAUUCUACGCAUUGCUCUAAAUGGGCAUUAGGAGAUUUUUGCAUUCACUCUAGCAACUGUUCCACACUACCGAACUCAAUUUGUUCGGAAAAUAAAUGUAAAUGUAAACAAACCUAUGAGCAGAUAGGUAGCGAAUGCAAGCUGAAGACAAUAGACUCAUCGUGCACGGUUAAUGAAGAUUGUCAACAUAUCCCAAAUACUAUAUGUGACGGGGGGAAAUGUUCUUGUAUAUAUCAACAUUGGAAUCCAACAAGUGAUUCGUGUAUAAGGGCCAAACCGGGAAAUGCCAGUUGUACUAGUACUGCUAUAUGCCAAUCCCUGAUCACCUAUUCCUAUUGUAAUGAUUCUAUUUGUAUAUGCAGACAUGGCUAUGAAACUAUAGACUUUUCUUGUAAACGUAUUAUAAUACCGGCUAUUGGGUGUCAAAAAGAUCAAGAUUGCCUCUCAGUUAUAUCGUAUAGCGAAUGUGACCUCUCUAAAUCAAAGUGUCGUUGUAAGUCUGGAUAUGCUCUCAGCGCUAAUAGGCUCACCUGCAGAUCUAAUAAAGUUAAUGUUCUCGACUGCUAUCAAAACUCACAUUGCGCAACACUACCUAAUUCUAUUUGUCUCAAUGGAUUUUGUGUUUGUCCGCAAACACAUAGUCCGAAUAAAGAGAGAACGCAAUGUUUAAGGAGGACAAUUGAAAAUUCAACUUGUUCUGAAAACUCUGAAUGUCAGAUUUUAUCAACAUUUGCCCAAUGUACGGAGGGUAAAUGUCAAUGUAUUAAAGGUUAUAUAUUUGAUUCGACGGGGAAAUUCUGCUAUCGAAAGAAAUUGAAAGAUAUUCCGUGCGAAACAGCAAGAGAUUGUUUUCCAUUUGCUUCAAAUUCCAGCUGUUCUAAUGGCAAAUGUAUUUGCCGGAGAGACUGUCAGGAGACAAAUGAUUUAUUAAACUGCAAAUGUACAAAUGUUUUAACAUAUGAAUACUGCAAUUCGACACAUGCCUGUCCAGUGAAAAAUUCGGAGUGUAUAAACGGUGUAUGUGAAUGUCAAAAGGCGUAUAAACCAACUAAAAAUCAGAAUGGUUCAUUUUGUGAAAAAUUACCCUUGAAUUCAACUUUCUGCAAUUCCUCUUCAAUUUGUUUGGAAUUAGAUCCUAAUGCUGAAUGUACAACGGAUGGGAAAUGCUCGUGUAUCAAAGAUUACGAAGAAAAUGCAGAUCACGUUUGUAUCUUAGGUGGCAAAAGAGUGGAGCCUAUAUGCACGAUCUUUGUUUGCAAAUAUCCAUGGGCCGUGCCGGUAGCAGCUAUAUUAGCCGCUCUACUAGUUGUGGUGUUGGUUGUUUGUAUAUGGAAAUUUUGCAAACGAAAGAAGAAGAACAAGACAGCCGCUGAUAAAAUAUUGGAAGAUGAAAAAGAUGAAAUUAUUGUCGAAGCUUCAAUGUCUCAACCGAAAGGAUCUUCGAUACUUGCCGCCAUGACUUCGGCUUCAAAUGUAGCCUAUCUGGAGUCGAAGGCUGUUGAACAAUCCAACAAUUCACCAAUAGAAGAAAAAGUAGAAGUUCAUUCGGAUGUGACUGAAGGUGCUGCACCUCUUGUACCACCACCCCCUGCAGAAGAGCCUAAAACGGAAAAGAAAAAAUCUAAUAAACCAACGGCGAAGAAGAAGCCAUUUAAAAAGCCAAAAACUCUUCCACCACUAAAGGGAACUCUUAAACAGCCUACCAAACCGGCACAAGUCAAGGUUGAAAAAAAGAAUACACUUUUCGAUUUUCGACAAAUGGCAGAAGAUGAACCAACUAUGGCUGACGUUGACGAGGAGUCAGCUGUCAAUAAUGAGACAGCUACAGCAGCAAUAGCUGCUACGACAUCGGCAGUAACAGCAACAGCAGCCGCAGCAGCGAUCAGACCUAAAUCAGUUAAAAAGUUUAGAUUACCAUGGCGAAGGCCACCAACUGGAAAGGGAGGGAGAGGACUUACAAAGUCAAAGUCCAGAAGAAGAUUAUUCAUUGCGCCUGUAGAUCGAGUUUCUCCAAUCUACGAUGAUUCAAUAAACAUAACAGAUGAUGGAUUAGCAGGUAGGCUUAAAAAGAUAAAAUAAUAAGAAAUAAAUCAUUCCUAUUAAAAACUAUGUUUAUUCUAUUUUUUUUAAAAAAAAUGGCAGAUGGUUUGGUAAUUCGAGAUGAAAGCAGUUUUUACAAGAAAAAUAUAACCAGAAUUGAUAUUUAAAGAAAGACUUAUACUAUGCAAAUUAUGUGCAAAUUCUAUACAACCCUUAUUGAAAUUUAAUGACGGUGUUGUAUGCUGUGAAGAUUGGCGAAAAUGUUUUUGGAAUGGAGUUUUAGAAAAAAAUAUAAAGUCUUUGUUUUUUUCUUUACACGUGUAAAUAUAAAUAUAAAAAUAUAAAUAUAAUAUAAAAUAAAUGGAUAAACAGAAGAGAACAAAACAAAACAAAAGACACAACAGAUUUAACGGAAGUAUUCACUUUUCGAAAUUUUUUGAAAACGUUUGAGAAUAUAAAAUAAAUAAAUCUUUAAUAUAAAUAAAAAAAA